AUGGCCAAUGCUGCCUGGAAAAUCUGGAAGUGUAGAUGUUGCUGUGUCUUUCAGGGAGUAAAACCGAAUCCUAUAAAAGUUAUUAGGCGGAUUGAUACCUUAAAUUUCAUGACAGGAAAGAAGAUGAAAAAAGGAAAAACUAACAAUUAUGCUUCUCUACCAGACACUAUCAUAACUUGGAAACCCACGCAUGAUUUUGAUUUCUAUAUAAAUUGUGAUGCUUCAUUUAAAUUACCUACUACUGCAUGUGGUAUUGGACUAAUACUCUUAAAUUAUGCAGGUGAAUUCACAACAACAAGGUGUGGAUAUGCUGCUGGAACCUUGAGUGCUGAAGAGGAUGAAUGUGAGGCUCUCUGGUGGGCAGUUAAGUGGGCCAAAGAGCUGAACAUUCAGAAACUGUGCUUCAUAAUAGAUGCACAUAAGGUGGUUAGUGGAGUUAACGAAGAUCUUAAUAGUAUUUGCUGGCAGAACCAUCCGGUGCUAUCAGACAUCAAAGAAGUUUUUCAUUCUUUUCCUUCCUGGUCUUUAUAA